AUGGCAUCAAUCUCAUCUCUAAUAACGCCACUACCCACAUUCACAAAGCUCACACUUUCAUCAAACCAGUCGAAACCCACUUUCCAAAUCCUCAAACCAUCAACCCCCUUUAACCAUUUCCCUAAACUCACACAUCUACAUAUAGUUCCAAACCCCAAAGCCCCCGAAAGGCUCUUUGCAGUAUCUGAAGAAACAGCACCAGCUGCUGCAGCAGAUCCUUCCUCAGAGGCUGCCAGGAGGCUUUAUGUUGGAAACAUUCCAAGGACUCUGACGAAUGAAGAGCUUACAAAGAUUGUUGAAGAACAUGGUGCUGUUGAAAAAGCUGAGGUUAUGUAUGAUAAGUACUCAGGCAGGAGUCGCCGAUUUGCAUUUGUCACGAUGAAAACUGUUGAGGAUGCAAAUGCUGCUGUUGAGAAACUGAAUGGCACUGAAAUUGGAGGCCGUGAAAUCAAAGUAAACAUCACGGAGAAGCCUUUGCAAACGUUGAAUCUGUCUUCUCUCCAAUCAGAUGAAUCUCAAUUUGUUGACAGCCCUUAUAAGGUUUACGUGGGAAAUCUUGCCAAGACAGUAACAACAGAUACACUCAAGAAAUAUUUUUCUGAGAAGGCUAAGGUUCUUAGUGCAAAGGUUUCCCGAGUUCCAGGGACCUCAAAAUCUAGUGGGUUUGGGUUUGUAACAUUCUCUUCUGAGGAGGAUGUAGAAGUUGCCAUAUCAUCUCUUAAUAAUUCUUUGUUGGAAGGGCAAUCAAUUCGUGUGAACAAGGCGUAG